AUGUCGCCUAGUACGACAUUGUUAGAAAAAGCUAAGUUUCUACUCAAAGUGUCAACAAGGUUUUGGGUCUCUGCAAUAUUGCAGUCGGGUGGUCUGUAGGUUAAUAAAAAUCUGAUUUUAGUAGAGGCGGAGGAACUAUUGACGUUAGUAAGGAGGUCAAAAGCCAGUAUCUCACAAAAGUGUCUGCAGUGACCAACCUCGGUGCCGCAGUCCACCUCGCUAACCAGCAUGGAUUUCCGGUACAUCAGGAGAACCCCGCCGCCGCCAGUUCGUCGGUGGUCAUUGCGACGGUCCGCUCGAAAGAAAUUGUAGGAGUUGUUAGUUAG